AAUGGAAAUCUAAUCGUUAACUCACUAAGAAUCGCCGCGUAAUCAUCACCUCAUACAUCUUCUAUAAACACCCAACCGAUUGCCCUCUCUAAUCUUGCCUCUAUCCACUCUCAACUCUCAACCACACACACACACCUUCCAUUUCCCAUGGCGUCCUUUCACAAACCUCUCUACCUUUUCUUCGCUUUUUUCUUCGCUUUAGUCUCUUUUUCCAGUGCUUACACCUUCAACGUCGGCGGCAGAGAUGGCUGGACUUUACACCCUUCUGAAAGCUACAAUCAGUUUUCCGGCAGACUAAGAUUUGUCGUUAACGACAACCUCCAUUUCAAGUACGAUGCUGCAUCGGAUUCUGUAUUGGAGGUCAGCAAAGGUGAUUAUGAUAAUUGCAACACGAACAACCCCAUCACCACCCUCACCGGCGGCGACUCUUUCUUUACCUUGAAUCGUCCAGGACCUUUUUACUUCAUCAGUGGUAAUAGAUCUCACUGUAACGAAGGUCAGAAGCUAGAGGUGGUUGUUAUAUCGCCUAAAACGAAGCCGUCACAUUCCGCCGCUCCACCUCCGGGAGUUUCACUUGCUCCAAUGGUCUCCCCAGGCUCCCCUGUUUCAUCACCACCAGAAUCUGGAACAUCUGGACCGACUGCUCCGAUGGGUUCCCCUAUGUCUUAUUCUUCACCACCAGAACCUGGAACUUCUCCGAUGGCCUCCCCUUUUUCGUCACCACCAGAAUAUGGAGCUACUCCGAUGGUUGCCCCCACUGGAGGUAUCUCAGCUUCUCCAACAGGUAAUCCGUCUGACGUGAACGGACAAUCACCGAAUGGAUCACCGGAAGGGUCGCCGUCGUCUUCGUCGGCAAGACUACCAGUUUCAACAACCUUGACUGUCUCAUUUGUCCUUAUGAUAGUUGGGUUGGUGUGGUUUUAUUAGAGUGUUUAUUUUCUUAGAGUGGUAAUCUAUUACAAUUUUUUUUUCUUGUGAUUUUGUAUGCAUUUGUGUUAAAAAAUAAUUGAAUUCUUAAUUCAUCGUAA